CAGACGUCCUUUCGUCACUUGACGUGUUGCGUAAGCAGUCAGCGCUUGCGCCGGUUGCACAAUCCAGGCAAGGUCGUAGCUAGCUAGCAUUGCAAGGAGCCUCUCUCGCUAAAAAGAUGAUGUCCCUUGCCGCUCGUUCGGGGGCAUUUUCCCCAUACUUGCAGGCUACGAACUAUGCAGUUGCUGGACCCCUCAAAUCCCUUAUUCCAGGGGUGGUUGUAAAAGGAGAAAAAGUGUUGGUAGACACGAAGAAACCUUUCCUGACCCGCGAGUCCCUGAACGGUCAGAGUCCCAAGACUGGGCCUGCAGUAUCAGUUAGCAUAAAUGGUAAGUAGCUAAGCAAGCUAACAGUAUCUAAUGGCUAACGUUAGUAAUCGGGUUAUUUGUUUUACUUGUGGAAAAGUAAUUGACAUAUGAUGUUAGGACGUGCAGUUGUAUUUUACCAAAGUCCAGUUGAUAUGCUGUAGAAUCGGAGGAUUGUUUAAUAAAUUAGCCUAGCGUUCAUUAGCUCGCUAAUGUUAGCUGUGUAGUUAGCAUUGGCUAGACGCGGUCGAGUCAUAAUAAUAAUAAUAAUAAUAUGCCAUUUAGCAGACGCUUUUAUCCAAAGCGACUUACAGUCAUGUGUACAUACAUUUUUACGUAUGGGUGGUCCCGGGGAUCGAACCCACUACCCUGGCGUUACAAGCGCCAUACUCUACCAAUUGAGCUACAGAGGACCAUAAAGCCAGUUAACUAGCCAGCCAGCUAGUUAACUAGCUAAUUGGUAGUUGACUGCGAGGUCAGGACCAAACGGGUGUCCAUGAUGAACGAGGCUAGGAUGUAACUAGCAGGAGCAGCACCGCAGUAUGGGGCCACAACGUUUGCACUGCAGCGAAGACAGUACAGUAUGAAGAUGGGCAGAAACUGCUUCUUCAAUAGGAAUCCCAGAUCAUGCUUGUAGGUGACGCCAUGUUGACGUGUACUAGCUAAGCAUGCACAGAAAUACGUCAUCGCGUAUAACACUUCUCUCAUUGACUUCGCAAACCCUGGCUUGGUCUGUUUUGCAAGCGUUCCCGGAAGUCUCGUGAUGUUGCGCCUCUGGGUUUAGAAACUCUGUUACUGGGGUCACAACCUGGAUAACUAACUAAAUAGCUAGCUAGCUGCUACCUUUACUGAUGUGUAGUAAUGUCGUAUUUUUAUCAUUCUAGUUAAGAUAACAUUACGUAACCCAUACAGGUGGGUCUUAGUGAUGAUAGCCUGUAGAUUCCGACCCUACCAUUACUCUUGUUUACACUGAGCUGAACUGGGGGUUCGGAAGGCACCAUGGAGCCGGCUUCAGAUAUGGAUCGGAAAGCUUACCUCUAUGCAGGGAUGGGAAAUGCAACUGCACUCCAAAUGUUACCUUAAUCCACACUGAUAGAUCAAGAAGAUUGAAAUGCUACUUGUUUUCCCAGAAAACUGCCCUUUUCGUCCUCAUGAAGAUUGGAAUGGCAGUGUCAACCAAUCAGCAUCUUUUGUUGUUCAAAGUGAUGCGCCAUUCCAUAAUGGCUACUGCUAGCUAGCAUGAGGACGAAACAGCAGUUUUCCGGGAAUACUAACAGUAUUUCAGUCUUCUCGAUGUAUCAGUGUGGAUAAAGGUAAAAUUGAGUACCGUGGCAUAUUCCAUCCAUGCAUUGAGGUGCGUUUUCUGACCCAUAUCUUGCGCCGUCUCCAGUGUCUUAAUGUAACCAUGAUUGCAUUCUGACCCCAAUGCAGCUCAGUGUAAACAAGUGUAAUGAUAGGGUCGGAAUCUGCUGGCUAGAGUGAAGAGUGUUUUGUUGGUCACUAGUUUAACCUGACAUUUUAGCUAGGGAGUUGGUAGCUAACUACAUGUAAGUCAAGGGUGUAUUCAUUACGCAGAUUUUGUUGUAAAAUGUUUAGUCUGUUGCAAAACGUUUUGCAACAUAACAAGAGUUUCUAUUGGAAAAAUUCAGGAAGGUUUCGUUACGUUUGCUCUGUUUGGUUCUUAAACGUUUUCGGUUGCAAGACGUAAUGAAUAUGCCCCAGCUAAUGGGCUAGUUAACUUAGAAAGCUUGCUAGCUAGCUACUUUGUUGAAUAUUUAAACUUGACUCAAACAAUCUGUUCAUACAUUUUCUAUCUAACUAGCUAUUGACUUGAAUGCAUCUGCUGCUAUAAUGUGCCCUCUGGUACUUUCCUAUCACAUGCCAUUGUCUAUCUCUUAAUACUGUUUUGAUUGUUUAUCUAAUGGACAACUUGUUUUAUUUUUCAGCAAAAGCUACAGUCCGCUUCGCUCACACUGACAUCAAGGUGCCAGAUUUCUCUGAUUACCGUCGGCCUGAGUUGCUUGACCCCAAGAAAUCUUCUCAGGAGAGCAGCGAGUCCAGAAAAACCUUCUCCUACCUUGUCACCGGGGCAACAGCCGUGGUGGGUGUCUACACAGCCAAGACCGUGGCCACACAGUUUAUCUCUUCCAUGAGUGCCUCAGCUGAUGUCCUGGCUAUGUCCAAGAUCGAGGUCAAGCUGGGAGAGAUCCCAGAGGGCAAGAAUAUGACCUUCAAGUGGAGGGGCAAGCCUCUGUUCAUCCGCCACCGGUCUGAGAAAGAGAUUGCUGCAGAGGAAGCUGUGGAUAUGGCUGAGCUUCGUGACCCCCAGCACGACAAGGACCGCGUCGCCAACCCAAAAUGGAUCAUUGUCAUCGGCGUGUGCACCCACCUGGGCUGUGUACCCAUCGCCAAUGCUGGUGACUAUGGUGGAUACUACUGCCCUUGCCAUGGCUCUCACUACGAUGCCUCUGGCCGUAUCAGGAAAGGCCCAGCCCCACUCAACCUGGAGGUGCCCUACUAUGAGUUCCCAGAUGAGGACACAGUAAUUGUAGGCUAAAUUGUUGGACUGAGAUCACAGAUCAGUAUGUUUCUGUCUGGCUCAUUAUUCCAUCCAUUAGCAGGCACAACCUCUGUUUCAGGGUGGUAUAAAUUAUUGUAAGUAAUAAAUGUACAUUUAAUCUGAUUGAAAACCUCUCAUGUUAUUUAUUUACCCAAUCUCAGCUAAAUCUAAUACUGUACCAAAAUACGACCUGGGUUGUAAAUGAGUAAUGGGGUUUCUUUCGCCUUUCUUAACAAUGAAUAGCCUACUAAUAAUACUGAUGUUUUAAUAGUGCAGGUAUAAGGGCAUUUACCAAGAUUUUGCUGCUCAAUCAAAAACACACCUGCUUACAGACAGUUAUCUACAAUGUGUCUGAAGGUGAUUCUCAAGGGUUAAUGUCACGAAUUAUGGCUUUACAGAAAAGUUUUUGUCCCUGAUUUUGUUGGGACGAUUUAGAGUGCUAGGUUCAGUUGUUUUAAUGGCAAUAUUGCAGAAGGUUGUAUAUUUUCUUCCUAUCAAUAUCACUGUUUUGCUUUGGUGGUGGUCACAUAGA